AUGCUGGGCGAUGAUGAUAUGCGAGUUAUAUUCCACAGUCAAACAAGAUUUUCUGACUUGGGCGCUAUGGAGUUGUUUGCCAGAAUGGUUGAUGUAGAUGGUAGCUCUGAUGACUUAGGUGAUGGGCGUAGCCUCGGACAGCUCGCAGUUGCAAUGGGAGCAGCACUUGCAGUAGACAGUGCACCAACAUUCAUGGAGAUAAGAGAGAUAGAUCCAUUUGCGGAGGCUAUAGGCAAUGAUGGGUCUGAUUCGGAGCCACCAAUCAUUAGUGAUGAAAGCGAUGGCAAGGAAGACACCACUCGUGUCGGGGGAGCACAAACACAUGCAAGCAGUCAGACACAGCAGUACCCUCGACACUUUUUCACUUUGUACCUUAAUGCAAUGAACCAGACUGCAUUUGUAGAUCAACAGCACCCUACUAUUCACGAAGAUAGGCCUAAAUAUAAAGUGUUUGAGUCCGACCAAUUGAAGUAUCUUCGGAAGUGUGUUCAGUUCGGGAAUAGAUGUAACUGGUUGAUACGUGUGACUAUGAGGCAGAGGAAAGGCUACUGGGAAGUUAAAAAGUACAACGGACCACAUACAUGUCUAGCAACUGAGAUAUCGACGAAUCACAGGCAGCUCGAUUAUCAUGUUAUCUGUGCUUCAGUUCUAUCGUUGGUCAUGGCGGAUGCAUCAGUCUUCGUUAAGGUAUUACAGAAUGCGGUGUCAUCAAAGUUUGGUUUCAAGCCCAGCUACAGGAAGGUUUGGAUGGCCAAGCAGAAGGCCGUUGCUCAGAUAUAUGGAGAUUGGGAGGAAUCUUACAACCACAUACCAAGGUGGAUCAUCGGGGUUCAGUUGUAUAUGCUGGGCACUAUAGCGGUGUUGCGCACUUCACCAGUGAAGGCAGGUAAUAUGGUGGAUGGAAUGAAGGUUUUCUUUCAUCGAUUAUUUUGGACGUUUUCUCCGUGUAUUGAGACAUUCAAGUAUUGCAAGCCACUGAUAUCCAUCGAUGAUACUCAUUUAUAUGGGAAGUAUAGAGGUAUCCUGCUAAUGGCUAUUGCCCAAGAUGGAAAUUCGAACAUUCUCCCAGUAGCAUUCGGGUUGGUCGAAGGCAAAAACACAGAUUCAUGGAAGUUUUUUCUUAGUCAUCUUCGUCAUCAUGUGACUCCACAAGCAGGCAUUUUAGUCAUCUCUGAUCAUCACAAUGCCAUUAAGGCUGCCCUGCUUGCGAAAGACAGUGGGUGA